GUGGUCAAAACACUGAAUGCCUCAUCCAGGAGAGUCCUGAUACAGAGAACAACUCACCUGUUAUGUCUGUAGCUUAUCAAGAUGUCAUCAUGGUUCCUAGAUCUCUCCACUUGCCCUCUCCUGCCAACCCACCCAAGGACUUAAUUCGCUGCCUGCCCCCUCAUCUGUCCAUGUACAUCCUGGGGUUUUUGGAUCAAAAAUCCCUCAGUUCAUGUGCUGCUGUGAGCAGAUGCUGGGAAUAUCUGGCCGCAGAGGUCGAGAGGGAACGUGCGUGUCAUAGCGUAAUACGGGAGAACAUCGUGUAUUUGCAGGGAUUGCGCCCAAGAGGAGCUGUUUCUAACUAUGCUAAAACAGUCAAAGUGGCAAUUCCACAGUUAAAUGAGGAGGGUGGUGUCAUUGAAGCCAAAAGCACGGAUCGGCAAAGUAAAAUAAAGGAGAAGGGAAUCAAUCUGCAGGAAACCUAUAAUGGUCUGAAAACUGAUGCAAUCCAGCUGGAAGAGAGAAAUGUCUUCUGUGGCUCCUACAAUAUUCGUAUCCUCAUGGACCAAUCAGACCAAAGCAGAGUAAUCCAUUACUGUGGUGGAAAGUUGGUAGCUGUUGGCUCUGCAGAUCGAAAAGUGAGGUUUCUUGGUAUGCCAGGAAUAAAGGAACUGCCUCCUCUGCUCUCUGGCCAUGCUGGGAGUAUCAAAGCGCUCUAUCUCAAUGAGAAGAAGGGGUUUGUUCUCAGCGCAAGCUUCGAUCUCAGCAUCAGAUGCUGGAAUCUAUACAGUGGUAUUUGUGUGAAAAUGUUCAAUGGCCACAGUGGGACAAUCACCUGCUUGGAUUUACAUGAAGAGCAGUUUGUGACAGGAGCCAAAGAUGGGACAGUGAAAGUGUGGAGCUUGGAGACUGGGAAAUGUCUCAAGACUCUCAAGCACAACAGUGCUAUUGGGGUGGUUAAAAUGAAUGGCACCAAUAUUGUCAGCGGGUCUGACCGAGGGCUGGUGAAGGUCUGGAGUGCUGAUACCGGUGCUCUGAUCAAAAUACUGGAGGGGCACCAAGGCCCAGUUAGGUGCUUGUCCUUUGAUCAGUGGCAUCUAGUCACAGGAAGCACCGACGGAUAUGUCCUGGGAUGGAGCAUGUUGGGAAAACUUAAAAGAUGCCUAAUAGCUUUCCGCCACCCUAAGGAAGUUCUCUCUCUGGAGUUCCUCUAUCUCAGAGUCAUCAGCGGUUGUGCUGAUGGAAAGAUCCGUAUAUUUAACUACUUGACUGGAAUCUGCCUGAAAGUGUUGGUGGCCAAUAACAAAGGGGAUCCCAUAUCUUCUUUCUAUAUUGCAGGAAACAGGAUGGUGAUCAAUUCAUCAAGCAAUCUGCUGCUGCUUGAGUUUGAGGAGACCAGGUGGGACUACACCUUAGAUGCUGACAGAAAGGUGGCAGGGAAGAAAAAACAGGACAAAGGGACUUCUCGCAGGAAAUCCAUUCAGCGAGCGAAGCGCCGCAGUGUCAGCCAGCAGCAUCGACCUUCUCGGGCGAGACUAGACCUUGACCUGCAUUACUUCCAGCCACCAAAAAGCUCUGGAACAUCUCCAAGUCCCUGGUAUGAAUUGAUGACACCAGCAGCUCACCAGCAGCAGCAGCCUUUUCAUAUUCGGGCAGAGCAGCAGGAAAAGCUUUUCAUCCCUGGCACCACGGAAGCCUUGGAAAAGUCAGUGAGAGAAUGUUCUGCAAGGAUCCUCGCAAAUGCUGGUGGCAAAUCUGAACAAGGCUGUGACAAGGCAGAAGCUACUUUGCAGCAUGAAAGGAAAAGAGAUCCAAGAUGUCCAACGUCCCCUGACAAGUUCCUCUUAAUGGUCGGCACACUGCAGAACGCCUGCAAGCCAGCCCCGGACAGCUCCAGCACUGAGCAUGAUGUGAAAGUCAGGGAAGCAUGGGAACCUCCUCCAGAGCAUCAGUACCCUGCAAAGGUACAAAAGUACAAAACUCCUCUGCCACACAAAAGGGAUCAGACAGUCCAGCUCCAACGUGCAAGACUGCACAGUGAUUCUCUGACUGUGAGAAGAAUUUCUGUCCCCUUUGAAACCAAAAUGCUGCAGCUCAAGCUCAAAAACUCUUUGUAUGGACCCAAUGUGAAUUCCUCCAUCCCUGCUCCUUCUGUGGUACGUCCCAAGACUUGUGAUUUGUUGAAGGAAAAGAAAGCUCACAGUGGUCAUGGUAAAGCUGUUUCUUUCGCAGAAGAGGAGGUUCAUGUCGCCAGUCCCUUUGCAGCUUCUUCUCAACUGAUCAAAUCAACACGUGUGAUCAUUGCACAAAUGAAAAAUGAAGCGUUUUCGAUGAGAAGAAAGUCCUUCUGUCCAUAUGCUGCAAGCCCCUCCUGGAGUGAUGGGGAGUUCAGGCUUCUGACAGGGAAACAGAAGGAGGCGUAUGAGGCAGCUGCUGUAGCACAGUAUCAGGCACAGCAGGAAAAGCUCAGAGAAGAACAGCAAAGAGCACGCAAGAAGGCCUGGUUAAUGAAAAUUAAAGGCCUACCUAUAGACUCUUUUACUGGGGAAGGGAAAAUACCUGCUCCUGAACUUGGGUUUAACACAUUUAUCUGA